AUGCAAGACUUAAUCCCACAGCCAGGGUUCCAACUCCCCCAUCCCGGCAUCUCGGGCUUCAUGCCCUCCCUCGUCGCCGCGCUCAACGCCUCCCCAACCCUCCGUCACUGGCCGGUUGACGACACGUUGGUCGCCGUCCUCCUCCUUGCGCUGAUGGCGCGCCGCGGCGGUGUGCUCCUCGACGCCACCAACGUAUCUAAAGUCGCCAAAGUCGCCGGCGCCCACACGACGUCCGUGUUCGGACUGGUGACGCGAUCCGUGCACCUCUCGUCGACGAGUGUUGCGUCCGAUGUGGCGCUCAAAGUGCCUGACCAUCCUCCCUCCGGCACGUCCACGUCGGACACAACCACCCCGUCGGACACGUCGGACACAUCUGUCCGGCCCGAACCAUCUCCCUACCCACCAAUGACGCCGCGCGCGAUGGUGGUAACCGGACUGGAGGACGCCCCGCCGCCCGUGCUCGUUCGACUGCGGAGUGAGGUCGCAGCAGCUGAGCGCAAGGGAGACGUCCCGCUUAUCAUCUGGGUUCGGGAUGAAGAACGUGCCGAUGACGCUCCAGCUUGGCUCCUCGAUAUCUUCGUCUGCUCUGCCCUCCUGUAUGCCGAGGACCUCACGCUGCCGCCUCCCAACCUCAGCUCGAAUGCCCUUGUCCCUCCAGACUACAUCAGGGACCUACGGUCCUUCCUUCUCCUUACACACAUCCACCCCCCACUCGAGAGCCACAUCAAUAACCUCCUUGCAGCUCUAUCCCUCCACAAAAGCCUCGAGGCGAACCUCUCCGCCAGAGCUACGGCGUCCCUCAACUCACUCGUCAAAGCCCAACGAAUCCUUGCUGGUCCGUUCGACCUUCCAGGCGGGUGGCAGGAGAACCUCCACGCGUGGCAGGCUGCGAAAUCGGCUGAGGCCGAGUACGAAGCUGGCGUCGGCUCUUCCCUUCCGGCCAGCGCUCUGCGCUCCCGCACGGCGGGAAACGUAGGAGGUUAUGGUGGCGGACCAGGUGGUGUCGAUACGUGGAGCCAACGAGCCGGUGAGACCCCAACACCUGUGGAAAUGCUCGGGCCAGGCGCGAAUGACUGGUUCUGCGACCCGGGGAAUGUCGAGGGCGCGUGGGAACUCGGCGUGCGCCACCGCGUCCGCCCACGCCAGCCAGGACAGGCACUGCUGUUUGCACUGAACGGGUCGGCACAGGAGCGCGUCCAAUACGCCCGUCAGAGAGCCACAAAGGAGGCGUCGCGCAGGCAGCGGAAGGAGGUCGAUGACGCGCUCGUACAGAUUCUCCAGGAAGUUUAG